UACCAAGUGCCAAGUUCCACGUUGCAAGCAUGACUCGGGAUGGCGAAGACAAGGACCGAAGCCGAAGCCGGGACAAAAAGGACAGCCGCCCUCGUAGCCGGGACAGCAGAGAUCGCGGUGCCCGCUCUAAGGCAGAGGACCAUGGUGUCGAUACCAUGAAGAUCACUGACGAUGACGCUGCUUUCAUUCUGGGCAAAGGCGGAAAGACCAAGGAGAAGAUAGCCCGAGUUUCAGGUGCUGAGAUUGAGCUGUUUGAACGUGACCUGGUUUUGGAAAUUCGUGGGCCAAAGAUCAAGCGGAAGAGAGCCAAGAAGUACUGCGAAGGGGUCAUGGCGCAGCGGACUGGCCCAGUCAACGUCACUGAGGAAUAUGAUGACGACGACCUCACCAUGCUCAACGUUCCUCAAGAAGCAGUAGGUUUUGUGACUGGCCGAGCUGGUAACUUUUUGAGAAGCAUUGAAGAGGAGUGGUGCACGUUAAUGUUCUUUUGCGAAGUGGAUGGCUCACGUGGUCGUGGGCGUGAGUACGAGAAGCUUGCCAUUUUCGGGGAGAUUCGCGGUCGGCGAGGCGCAGAACUGAAGGUGCUAUCUGCCGUGGAGACCAAAGUUCCCGGAUAUCUCGACAGGAUUCGAAACGAAGUGCUUGACAGAGACAGGGGCAAGGAUGAGACUGGAACAUGGGGGACGGACACUAUGACUUUCAAGGACGAUGAGCUCUCCUAUGCAUUGGGCAAGCAGGGCGGUACAAGAAAAAAGCUAGAACGCUCAUCCCAAGCCGUUGUUCAGUACGUCGGCAACGUCGCCCUUUUUUCUGGCACCAAAAGUGAGAGGCGGCGAGCCAAGGAGUACAUGCGGUGGCUUUUCGAUCAGCUCGCAGGCCCAGUGUAUGUGGAAGGCUGGGAAGAAAGAGACGACUGCACAGUUGUCGAGGUCCCGAGCGAGUGCAUUGGUUACAUUACUGGUGCUCGUCGAGCAACUUUGGGCACUAUGGAGGAGGAAUGGGGCACUCUGAUGUUCUUUAUGAACAAGCAAGAAGAUCGCCGCGGUGCCAACCGCACGGAAAAGCUUGCCAUUUUUGGAUCCGAGCGGGCUCGACGAGGCGCUGAACUGAAGGUCAUGAGCGGCGUCGAAACAAAGUCUCCUGGGUACUAUACAAGGGGCGUGCGAGAGAAGGUCUCUGACAAGAAAGGCUUUGACACUGAUCGUCUUGUCUUCCGGGACGACGAGUUGAGUUAUGCAUUGGGCAAGGAGGGUGCAACGAGAAAGAAAUUGGAGACUGCAUCAGGUGCCAUUUUGCAGUACGUCGGCAAUGUUGCGUUCAUUGGCGGCGUCAAGAAGGAAAGAAGUCGUUGCCGAGAGUUUAUCCAGUGGCUUUUGGCACAGCGACGAGGAACGGUUACAAUUUCCGAUGUGGGUCACCGUGAUGACUGUACGGAAGUUCACAUUCCGGAGAACUGCAAGGGCUGGGUGACAGGGAAUCGUGGAAGCGAGUUGCGGCGAAUGGAAAUGCAGUCCAGCACCUACAUGUUCAUGGCCCUUGACGAGCGCGGGGAGGAGCGCUUGCUUAUUUUCAGUGCUGACGCUGGUUCAAAGACAGGUGACAAGGGCCGGAUGGGUGCCGAGCGCUUGGUCAACGAGCUUGUCCAGGAAAAGCUAGGAUCGGGCGGCCGGGGCCGCUCUGACAGUCGAAGACGCAGCCCUAGCCGGAGGGGCCGGUCAGACUCAAGGCGCCCAGCAAGGCGCAGUCCAAGUAGACGACGCGGGGACAGCCGUCGAAGGAAGGACUCACGAUCAAGGUCUCGGCGAUGACGUACAAGCUGAAUGAAAGGUUUGAGGGGGUGCACGCCUGCUGAGCUGGAUUGCAGAAAAGCGACUUCAAAAGUGAGGAAUGGCUCUGUCUUCACCUAGUGUUCUUGCAAGACGUAAUAUUAUAUUUGCGAGCAGCCUGCCGCAUGGUUCCUAUGAUGUGUACAUAGACUCUCAAUGGAGACGCAUGCUGGAUGCAAAUUGAGGGUG